CUGACAACCGUUAAUUAUAUCCUACCGUCAGCCAUGGAUUUCACCGCUGCUGCCUUUAUGCCUCCUGGUGGCGGCUACGCGGAUGACUCCUCAAACCACAGUGCGACAGAGACUUGUACCCUUCCGGCUUAUCUGCGCGCGCCGGAGGUCACGUCGCAGGUCAUGGCAGAGUAUAUUUGGCUGAUGGGUGGCACAGGCCAGCUGCGGAGCAAGACCAAGGUCCUGGAGACGAAGCCAAAUUGCCCGGAGGAGGCUCCUGUCAUGGUGGUGGAGAGCAACCCUGGCAACGAGUUGGCCGAGCCUAAUCACGAACUUUUUCUGAAGCCGCGCAAGAUCUUCAGGGAUCCUUUCCGCGGGGGUGACCACAUCCUGGUACUCUGCGAUACCUUUUACGCUUGCCAGCCCAGCGAGUCGAACAGUCGCGUGGCUUGCGAGAAUGUGCUGAAGGUAGCAGAGCAGGAGAAGCCGGUCUUUGCGGCCGAGCAGGAGUAUGCCAUAAUUCACCCGGCCUAUCCAACUGUGGUACCUUUGGGCCCUCGUCGCUCGUCGUCGCGAAGCAGCAGCACGAGCAGCAGCCGCCAUAACAAGAACCUUAGCGGUAGCACGGCGCGCGGUGGAGUGAGCAAGAGCGGCCACGCUAACAAGGCGUCUAGCUCCAUGGCGGCCAACCCCGCUAGGCGCGCGCACACAGAUGUACACCGUCCAGCUGUUGUGGAACAAAGUGCGGCGUCGAGGCAGAAAACAGCCCGCCUUGUCGCUGAUUCCCAUUUACGUUGUUGUCUUUACGCGGGCAUCAAGGUUACGGGCGCCGACGUGCACAGCCUUGAAGGCUUGCACUCAUACAAGAUCGGUCCCUCCGCUGGCGUGGACCUAGGCGAUGACCUUUGGACCAGCCGUUAUCUAUUGCAGCGUGUUGCAGAAGAUAACGGCGCGUCUGUGUCUUGGGAUCCGGACGCCUUGCCGCAGGAGCGCCCGCUAGGCUGCUACUUCAAGUUCAGCACUGCAGCAACUCGGCAUGCGCCAAGCGGUCUAGGCGCGAUAGAGCAACAACUCGCAAGGCUGCAAGCUACACAUAUUCAGCAUCAGUUUGCAUAUAAUGACGGGAAGCUAGACAGGCUUGCUGCUCUGCACGUAUCGUCGUUCACGCAUGCCGUAGGCACGGCUAGUGCCUCCAUAGUUGUGCCAAGCCUCACCUACAUGCAGCAAGGUGGUUACUACAUCGACCGCCGUCCUCCAGCGGAUGCGGACCCUUACAAAGUUACGCUGCUGUUGGCUGCAACCACGCUGGACAUCCCUCUUCCUAAGCUGCCUGCGUCAUCAUCCGCUGCGGCCUCUAUGGGCCAGGUGCCGUCGGCGAUUCCCGACAAGGCGCCUGUACCUCGCGGGCUGGCAUUCAGCCCAAUGGACAGCUAUCUUCUCGCUUUGCGGCAGCAGCAGCAUUGUAUGCACGAUUCUGAAAGCGAGGAGUGUGACUCCAUUGACGAGGACGCUUGCAUGACGGAGGACUCGGCCGCACUACUGGCGAAGAUGGACAAGGACGGCGACUGUGCGGAGGCUUCUUCGUGCGAAAGCGACUACGAGCAGGAUGAUGCGAGCUCAAGUCCUCAUGCCGAAUGGGACGACGAACUGUCCAACAUGCAAGGCGAGGGUAUUUGAAAAGGGGCUUCGGUGGUCUAGGGUUGAUGUUUAGGAUACAGGGCAAGGGGGCGUUGCCAGUGAACUGGAGGGACAAUGUGGAAGGACUUUUACGCUUGUACUGUGGUGCAGUGAUUGCGCUUAUGCAGUGAGAAAUGGCUUUGCGCCAGUUAGGUCGUCGGCCAGAGACAUUACCUGGCAGUACGCUAUGACCUGAUGACCUAGUAAAAGCUUAGUACUCUGUUGGGAAAUCAAGGCGGUGGCGUGCAAUAUUUCCUUCUGAUAUGCACAGAUCCAGUCAUAUGUUAGUAUAAUUUUCGCGCAAUCAGUCGGUCGUUUUGGACCGCUCGUACAUCUUGCGCUGUGCUCACUGCGCCCGCUAUUGUGACGAAACGUCCGGUGCAACAUGUGUCGUCAACAACGUUUGCAUGGUUUGUUUGUCGCAUUCGCUUGUUUCAACCAAGUCCAUUGGUGGUGUUAACCAUACCUGCGCAUUUACAGAACACCGCGCAUUUUUGAACGGACUAGUUUGUCACUUGCCCGGAUCUGGUUACUGGCGUGGAGGCUGCUGCUUUUUGUAGGUGGUCAGUAUUGUGGCUAAUGGGGGUUUGCGCAUUAUGCCGUCUAUAAAAAAUAAUGUGUGUGAACUUACGCUGCUUUUACUGGAGGUGCUGGUACUCCUGUUCGGUAGAAACGUCACAGGCUCGCAGUUUUCCCCUCAUGUGAUGUGCACGCGGCCACGGGUCACGCGAGCCGCUGCGAACGAAAUGAAUAAGUAGUAUUUGUGGUAGCAAGGUAUCGAAGUCACGUAUAUGUUAUUUAUGCCAUUAACGGAUUAUUCAAAAUCGGGCGCGAAGGAGAAUGGAGUUGUGAUAUGUGUAGGUGGUGCUUAACAUAGUCCACCUUCUGUGUUUUAGAAACCUACUUGCCAGCUGUUCCUUCCAAAUCGAUGAUGCUACAUGAAACAGUGUACUAUCGCAUACGUUUCGUGGCAAAACUAUGAUGGCGAUAGGGGCGUGUGCAGAGAUGCCAGUGCUUUCAAUCAUUACAUAAAAUGAAAGAGCUACUGCAACGGACGU